AUGGCUGCUCCCUGCCCUGUGCUGGAUGUGCUGGACAUGGAGGUGAAGCCCAAAGCCUCCCAGCUGCACUGGUACGAGCUGCACAUGCAGCCCUGCGUGGCAGAGCUGCUGGGCACUGCCCUCUUCAUCUUCAUGGGCUGCCUGGCUGUGCUGGAGGACUCGGGGGGCACCGGGAGGCUGCAGCCUGCCCUGGCACACGGGCUGGCCCUGGGCAUCACCAUCGCCGUCCUGGGGGACAUCAGUGGAGGUCACUUCAACCCCGCCGUGUCCCUGGGCGUGUGCCUGCUCGGGGGGCUCCACAUCACCAUGCUCAUCCCCUACUGGCUCUCCCAGAUCUGUGGAGGGAUGAUCGGAGCUGGCCUGGCAAAGGCUGUGGCACCGACGGAGCACUUCAGGAAUGCCAGUGGAGGAGCCUUCAGUGCCAUCACGGCUGAUGAGCAGGUCCCCGCUGUCCUCGCGGCUGAGAUUGUGCUGAGCUCCUUCCUGCUGCUCGUGGUGUGCAUGGGAGCCAUCAACGGCAGGACCAGGACCCCGCUGGCCCCGCUGUGCAUCGGCCUCAGCGUCACCGUGGGCAUCCUGGCAGGGGGUGGCGUGUCUGGAGCCUGCAUGAACCCAGCCCGAGCCUUUGGACCAGCUCUGGUGGCAAAUUACUGGGACUACCACUGGGUGUACUGGGCAGGGCCCAUGGUGGCUGCACUCCUGGUCGGGGCGCUGGUCAGGCUCCUGCUGGGUGACCGGGCCACCCGGCUGUUCCUGAAGUGA